AUGGCGGUCUCUGUGUUCCCCGGUGUACGGCUCCUGUCCAUCGGAGACGCCAAUGGAGAUAUACAGCGACACUCGGAACAGCAACCUCUGCGAUUGGAAGUUAAAACCACACAGGACGCCGCAUUACUCAACCUCUCUAAUGGGGAAGAUGCGAGUGUCUUCAAGUGUUCCGUUUCGAGGGAAACAGAAUGCAGCAGAGUGGGGAAGCAGUCAUUCAUUAUCACACUAGGCUGCAACAGCGUCCUAAUUCAGUUUUCUUCACCUGCAGACUUUCAGUCUUUUUAUAACGUCUUGAAGAACUGUCGAGGUCAUCUUUGUGAGCGGUCAGUUUUUAGUGACAGAACAGAAGAAUCAUCUGCUGUACAGUACUUCCAGUUUUAUGGCUACCUCUCACAACAACAAAACAUGAUGCAGGACUAUGUGCGUACAGGGACCUACCAACGGGCUAUUUUGCAGAACCACGCCGACUUCAAGGACAAGAUCGUGCUUGAUGUUGGAUGUGGCUCUGGAAUUCUGUCGUUCUUCGCAGCCCAGGCCGGCGCUAAGAAGGUCUAUGCUGUGGAAGCAAGCACAAUGGCUCAGCAUGCAGAGGUACUGGUUAACAGUAACCGUCUAGGGGAGCAUGUGGUCGUUGUACCAGGAAAGGUGGAGGAGGUGACGCUUCCUGAACAAGUGGACAUCAUCAUAUCCGAACCAAUGGGCUACAUGCUUUUCAAUGAGCGGAUGCUAGAGAGCUACUUGCAUGCGAAGAAGUUCCUUAAACCCAAUGGUAAAAUGUUCCCCACUGUUGGGGAUGUUCACAUUGCUCCUUUCACAGAUGAGCAGCUAUACAUGGAGCAGUUCACAAAAGCCAAUUUCUGGUAUCAGCCCUCCUUCCAUGGUGUAGAUCUAUCUGCGCUGCGGGGUGCAGCAGUGGAUGAGUAUUUUCGCCAGCCUAUUGUGGACACAUUUGAUAUCCGCAUCCUGAUGGCGAAGUCAGUCAAAUAUACAGUCAACUUUCUGGAGGCUAAAGAAGAGGAUCUUUACAGGAUAGAGAUCCCCUUUAAAUUCCACAUGAUGCACUCUGGCCUUGUACAUGGUCUGGCUUUCUGGUUUGACGUGGCAUUUAUGGGAUCACUUAUGACAGUAUGGCUGUCCACUGCGCCUACAGAACCACUUACUCACUGGUAUCAGGUUCGCUGUUUGCUGCAGUCUCCUCUCUUCACAAAGGCUGGAGAUACACUAUCCGGCACUGCACUACUAGUGGCCAACAAGAGGCAAAGUUACGACAUCAGCAUUGUUGCCCAGGUGGACCAGACUGGAUCUAAGUCCAGCAACCUGUUGGAUUUAAAGAACCCCUUUUUCAGGUACACGGGUACCACCCCAAACCCGCCUCCUGGGUCACAUUACUCCUCGCCCUCAGAAAAUAUUUGGAACACAGGAGUAGCCUACAGCAUGAGUCAAGGGAUGUCCGUAUCAGGAAUGCCUGCGGCUUAUGACCUUAGUACAGUCAUUGGCAGUGGCCCAUCAGUCUCUCACAACAACCUAAUCCCUCUAGUGAACACGAGUAUUGUGAACCACACCCACUCCAGGAUGGGCUCCAUCAUGAGCACAGGAAUUGUCCAGGGUAUGUCCACCACAACCGGCCAGUCAGGUCCCAGUAGCAGUGGUAGUAUCUAUCCGGUCACCAACCAGUUCACCAUGGGGGGUGCUGCAAUCUCGAUGGCCUCUCCCAUGGUCUUCCCCAGUAACACCAUGCAUUAUGGCAGUUAA